AUGGUCUGUUCAAGAUGUCAAAAGAAGCUGCAGAAGACCGAACUAGCCACCCCAGCAGUGAAACGCAAGAAUGAUAUGUUUUAUGGGUCAACGCUGUCUACAUUGGGUGGCGGCGGAGGUGGUGGCGAUAGCAAGAGGCCUUCAGGCACAUCCGGAUAUGCAGGAGUGACAAAGAAUAAGCUCCUGAGUAGCAAAGCAAAAAAUCCAUAUGCCGCAUAUUCUAGCUCAUGCGAUGCGUGCAAGACCAAGAUUGAGUCCGGCAGGAAGUACUGCCAGCGAUGCGCGUAUUCAAAGAAUGCAUGUGCAAUGUGUGGGAAAAGCCUAAGCACAACAAAAAGUACGCAGAAACAGCCAGUGAUUCAGGGCCAGAAGUUCACAGCGAAGUAA